AUCACAUCGGCGUCUGGAGUUCGCAAAGUGGCCGUCCCCGACAGCAAACAGGUCCUGUCGGCAUCGCAGCAAGAUGGACGACAACUCUGUAGCAGUGAAUGAAGUCCAAAAGCAUUCGUCAGAGAGCGACUGCUGGAUCGUUGUCGAUGGUACAAUCUGGGAUAUAACCGACUUUGCGCCAAACCAUCCGGGAGGUGCAGAAAUCAUAUACAAGCAUGCAGGCCUUGAUGCUUCCUCUGCAUACAAUGCGGUUCAUUCCCCAUCCCUUAUCUCCAAAACAUUAGGCACAGAAAAGCAGAAAGGCAAAGUCACUUCAAGCUCUUCCUCCAAACUUUUGAAACCCCCGCCGACAGAAGAUGCGCAGCGUCAACUGGCGAUAGGAUCAAAGCCACCGCUAUCAUCAUUGAUCAACAGCUACGACUUUGAAGCAGUUGCCGAGCAGGUUCUGACAAAGAAAGCAUGGGCGUUCUACUCGUCUGCUGCGACUAAUCUAGUCACACGUGACGCAAACAGGAGUUUAUAUGAUCGCAUCUGGCUACGACCACGACUCUUACGGAAUAUCAAAGAAGUCAAUACGAAGACAAAAAUCCUCGGAGCAGAUGUAAAGCUUCCAUUUUUUGUCAGCCCUGCUGCGAUGGCUCGACUAGCUCACCCAGAUGGCGAGAUAGCGAUCGCGCGAGGCUGUGAACAAGCAGGGGUAGCUCAAUGCAUAUCGACAAACGCAUCCUUUACCCUAUCGGAGAUAACUGGCAGUGUAAAACCUAAUUCGAUUCCAUUCUUCUUCCAACUCUAUGUAAACAAAGACAGGCGCGCAUCAGAGGCAUUACUGAAGGAUGCGGAAAAUGCCGGUGCAAGAGCAAUAUGGGUAACGAUCGACGGCCCUGUCCAAGGCAAAAGAGAGGCAGACGAAAGAGUCAAGGUGGAAUCAAAUACAGGAGCAUCGGCGGCCAUGAGUGGGGCGGUCGGGAAGAACGACUCAAAAGGGGGUGGCCUAGGAAGAACAAUGGGCGGAUAUAUCGACGCAACAUUCGGGUGGAACGAUAUUGCUUGGCUGCGCAGAUCUACCAAACUUCCUCUAGUUGUGAAGGGUGUUCAGACCGUUGAAGACGCAGUAUUGGCCGUGAAGCAUGGUUUGGAUGGUAUCGUCAUAAGCAAUCACGGAGGCCGGAAUCUUGAUACGUCUCCUCCUGCACUUCUGACACUAAUGGAGAUCCGAAGGCAUGCUCCUCAGGUGUUCAAUCAACUAGAAGUCUUCGUAGAUUGCGGUAUCCGAAGAGGAACAGAUAUUGUUAAAGCGCUGUGCCUUGGAGCUAAAGGAGUUGGAAUGGGGCGGCCAUUUUUAUAUUCCUUGACCUAUGGCCAAGAAGGUGUUGAGCAUUUCAUUGAGAUAAUGAAAGACGAACUAGAAACAACAAUGCGGUUAUUGGGUAUGACCGACCUUUCGCAGGCUCACCCGCGAUUUCUAAAUAUCAAUGAUGUCGAGCAUCUCAUCCCAAAAUCUUUGGAAGGGUCAUUCCCGGAAAUACCACACGUCUUGCCCAAGGCAAAAUUAUAGAGAUCGUCUGCUUGCUUCAUGUGAAUUCUAAAUCGAAAUCGCCCGACAAGAUCUUAGAGAGGCCUCAUCGCAGGCCAUCCCUUGCUAUUUCACCGAGCAGCAUGGCGGAUCUGUACGUACAAAAAUGGCCAGUAUCAGACCCGGACUCAUGACGGAUUCCACAUUUUCCUUCAAGAUUCGCUUCCUUGAAUCGUACCUUUAGAGUAGGGAAGCAUGUUUCUGCGGUACAUCUUUCAGGCUUUGCGUAGCACUUAUUAGCAAGUCAGGUUAAGAUCCAUCACACGACAGCUUCUUAUUUGCAUUAUGAUUGAUUGGGCACUCGAAAACCUAAAGAUACAGGCUAUCCUCGGUGUUCAAUAGACAACUACACAU